AAGAAACUUUCACUCCCCGCCUCGGGCAGUUUCUGCUUAUUCCUCUACGCACUUUAAUCUGAGAAACUAAUUUGCACCCAACUUGUGAGUGCCUUCACCUUCAGGGCAGAAGAAACAGUGGCUUUUAAUGCAGUUUUGCAAAUAAAUCAUUACAAUGUAAUCACACACGAGUCUAUACAGACACACUCCCAUGAUUUAUUAUUGUUGGGUGAGUUUCCCCCUCCCGCAGCUCGAGAUAACCAGUUUUGCUUCGUGUGGGUGUCUUAAACAUAACUUCCUACAAUGCAGAUUAGUUUACUGAUUACAUAUGACAAUAACGACGACGACUAAGGCAGUAAUACCCUCUAGUCCAACCUUUAUUGCUUUCUGGAAACAAGAAAAUCAAAUUAAACAAGCUCGCAAAAUAAACACCAAACAAAAAAAUUGGCGGCGUGACAAUCUAUUCGCUCGGCAUUCCUAUCUCCUGGCAGCCUCCAUCGAUGCACUCGGAAGCUCGGCUGAGGUUGCCUGGCGCUGGAACCAGGAAGGCGCUGAGCUUAAACUGAAGCAAGUUCCGAGGACGCCGGCGGCGCCCUCGUCCGAAGAGACGUUUCUAGGUCUGCGGCCCUUGAACAUCAACGGGAGGUGUGAGCCUGACGACCCGGAUCCAGCUGAUAGAAAUGGGACGCCGGUCAUCAGAUACUGAAGAAGAAAGCAGAAGCAAGAGAAAAAAGAAACACCGUAGGCGGUCAUCUUCGAGCAGUUCUUCAGACAGCAGAACGUAUAGUCGAAAGAAAGGCGGAAGGAAAUCAAGAUCGAAGUCCAGAUCUUGGUCCAGAGAUCGUCAGCCUCGUUCACAUUCUUAUGAUAGAAGACGCAGGCAUCGCUCAAGUAGUAGCUCUUCCUAUGGCUCUAGAAGAAAACGAAGUCGAAGUCGUUCAAGGGGUCGUGGAAAAUCCUAUAGAGUUCAGAGGUCUAGGUCAAAAAGCAGAACAAGAAGGUCCAGGUCAAGAGCUCGUCCACGUUCUCAUAGUCGAAGCAGUGAAAGGUCCAGCCAUAGAAGAACCCGUAGUCGGUCUCGGGAUAGAGAGCGACGUAAAGGCAGAGAUAAAGAGAAAAGAGAAAAGGAGAAGGAUAAAGGCAAGGACAAGGAAUUACACAUCAAACGUGGGGAAUCUGCAAACAUCAAAGCUGGAUUAGAACAUCUGCCACCAGCUGAGCAGGCCAAAGCCAGACUACAACUGGUUCUUGAAGCUGCUGCAAAAGCUGAUGAAGCUUUGAAAGCCAAAGAAAGAAAUGAGGAAGAAGCAAAGAGAAGAAAGGAGGAAGACCAAGCCACCCUGGUAGAACAAGUGAAAAGAGUAAAAGAAAUUGAAGCUAUUGAAAGUGAUUCUUUUAUUCAGCAGACAUUCAGGUCAAGUAAAGAAGUCAAAAAGUCAGUGGAACCUACUGAAGUGAAACAUGCGACUUCAACAUCAGGACCAGCAUCAGUACUUGCUGAUCCACCCAGUACUGAAAAAGAAAUAGACACUACCAGCAUCCCUACUGCAAUCAAGUACCAAGAUGACAAUUCUCUGGCCCAUCCAAAUUUAUUUGUUGACAAAGCUGAUGCUGAGGAAAAGUGGUUCAAGAGAUUAAUUGCACUCCGACAGGAAAGGCUAAUGGGCAGUCCAGUGGCUUAAGUAAAUACACAUGUUGUUGAAUUGACAGUACCAUUGAAAAGUCAGGUUUUUAAAUCCCAAUAUUAACUUUUUACUCUUAGAAACAAUUUAGCAGGUGUAUUCUCAUUUCAUUCUUCUCUCUUAUAGGCUCAAAUAUUUGUUGAUUUGAUUUAAAUAAAACAUUGCAUAUAAUUAAUGUAAAAUGUUAAGAAGCAUGAAAA